AUGGAAAAUAACCAGCAAAAAAGAUUGCCAUGGAACUCUUCGCGGAGCCUGCGCUUGCACCAAUCAAAUUCGACGCCAACUAACUCUGCAAAUCUUCCAUUCCAAUUCAAGCAUGGUAGUGGCGAGAAGGUUUUCCGCAAUCUGCAAGACAAAGUAAGCCGAUCAACAGAAGCAAGGGCAAACGCGGCAAGAGGAGAGACAGAGAAGAGGCACUGUUUGGCUUGGUAUUUAAUGGGGCGACCAUGGGCCUGCUGCUUUGUAGGUCGAGUCUACGAAGGCCAUCGGGAGCCCAACCCGUCACAGAGAACUGGAGAGAAAAUGGAAAGCCCGUCAACAAGCAAUGCUGACCCCUUUCACUCUGGGGGAUCAAAUGGAAACAUGGACAGUUUAAAGGAUGGAGAUACUGCCAAUGUCAUAAUGAACCACGACUUCUCCAAAGGGUUGGAUUCAUGGCAUGCCAACUGCUGUGAUGCCUUUGUGGUUUCGCCUCAGUCUGGUCAUAGAGAAGGAUUAGCGUCAAAGUCAAGUGGCAAUUAUGCUGUUAUCUCAAACCGCAAGGAAUGUUGGCAGGGUUUGGAACAAGAUAUAACAGGGAGAAUUUUCUCAGGUUCUAACUAUACAGUUCUUGCUAGUGUUGGUGUCUCGGGUCCCAUUCAGGGUCUUGCCAAUGUCCAGGCCACGCUGAAGCUAGAAUACAGAGAUUCUGCUGCUAGCUAUUUGUUCAUUGGAAGAACUUCUGUUUCCAAGGAGCAGUGGGCGAAAGUAGAGGGCACAUUUUCACUCUCAGCUCUGCCUGAACGGGUUGUAUUUUAUUUGGAAGGACCCUCUCCUGGAGUAGACCUCCUAAUUGAGUCAGUUGUCAUCUCCUGUCCAAACACCAGUACAAGUGAUAGUAUGGGCAGAGAAUGCAUUGCUGAUGGAAAUGAGAACAUUAUAUUAAACCCAAGUUUUGAGGAUGGCCUUAAAAAUUGGUCUGCAAGAGGCUGUAAGAUUGUCUUACAUGACUCUAUGGGGGGUGGGAAAGUCCUGCCACAAUCUGGAAACUGCGACAGAACGCACACAGACCUGGAAUGGAUUCAGCAGGAGAUAACUGGGAGAGUGCAGCGGAAGCUUGCAUAUGAGGUUAUUGCUGUAGUUCGAAUAUUUGGUAACAAUGUCAGUACUGCUGAUGUACGGGCUACAUUGUGGGUUCAGACACCAGAUUUCCGAGAACAAUAUAUAAGCAUUGCCAAUGUAUAUUUGUAUGACAAAAUGACCUUUUUAAAUGUUGAGAAUCUGCUGCAUUCCAUGAAGCUUGCAACAGACAAAGAAUGGGUACAAUUGCAGGGAAAAUUUCUUCUGAAUGGUAAUCCAUCAAGGGUGAUAAUUUAUUUGGAAGGUCCACCUGCGGGCAUUGAUAUUCUUCUGAAUAGUUUGAUUGUAAAGCACGCUGAGAAAUUCCCUCCAUCACCUCCUCCACCAAUUGAGAAUGCAGCAUUUGGUGUAAACAUAAUCACCAACAGCAGUCUCAGUGAUGGCACCAAUGGGUGGUUUCCUCUAGAUAAGUGUCGGAACUGGUUCACCACAUAUACUGCCUCCAUGGCAAGAGACUCCCUUGGACCUCAUGACUCUCUAAGUGGUCGCUAUAUUCUUGUGACCAAUCGCUCUCAGAUUUGGAUGGGUCCUGCUCAAAUAAUCACCGACAAAGUGGAACUUUAUUUGACAUACCAAGUAUCUGCCUGGGUUCGACUUGGCUAUGGGGCAGCUGGACCUCAGAAUGUCAAUAUCGCACUCAGUGUGGAUGGUCAGUGGGUCAAUGGAGGUCAAGUUGAGAUCAAUGAUGAUAGAUGGCAUGAAAUUGGUGGGUCUUUUAGAAUCGAGAAGAAACCAGAUAGGGUGAUGGUUUAUGUGCAAGGUCCUGCUCCUGGUAUUGACAUGCUGAUUGCUGGGCUUCACAUUUUCCCAGUUGAUAGGCAGGCAAGGUUUAGAUAUUUGGAAAUUCAGACUGACCAGUUGCGUAAGCGUGAUGUCAUCUUGAAAUUGUCUGGAUCAGACUGCAGUCUGUUUGGUACCUUUGUGAAGGUCAGACAGGUGCAGAACAGUUUCCCCAUUGGCUCAUGCGUGAAUAGGACAAACAUAGACAAUGAAGAGUUUGCUGAUUUUUUCACCAAAAACUUCAACUGGGCUGUCUUUGGAAAUGAGUUAAAGUGGUAUUGGACAGAGCCACAGCGAGGUAACUUCAACUACAGGGAUGCUGACGAGCUCCUAAACUUCUGUGAGAGCCAUAACUUUGAAACUCGUGGUCACUGCAUAUUCUGGGAGGUCGAGAGCACAGUUCAGCCAUGGGUACGAGCUCUGAACAAAAAUGACUUAAUGAUAGCCGUUCAAAAUCGUCUCACGGGCCUCCUCACCCGUUACAAGGGGAAGUUCAAGCACUAUGAUGUGAACAAUGAGAUGCUUCACGGUUCAUUCUAUCAGGACCAUUUGGGUAAGGAUAUCCGGUCAAAUAUGUUCAAGAUUGCUCAUCAGCUAGACCCAUCUGCAACUCUAUUUGUCAAUGAUUAUCACAUUGAAGAUGGGUGUGAUUACCGAUCUUCUCCUGAAAAGUACAUUCAACAAAUCCUUGAUCUUCAAGAACAGGGUGCUCCAGUGGGAGGGAUUGGCAUUCAAGGACAUAUAGGCAGUCCUGUUGGGCCUAUUGUUUGCUCUGCAUUGGAUAAACUGGGAAUUCUUGGCCUUCCUAUCUGGUUUACUGAGCUUGAUGUGUCUUCCACUAAUGAGUAUGUCAGGGCAGAUGACUUGGAGGUGAUGCUUCGGGAAGCCUUUGCUCAUCCCGCAGUGGAAGGUAUAAUGUUGUGGGGAUUCUGGGAGUUGUUUAUGAGCCGAGAUAAUGCACAUUUGGUUGAUGCAGAGGGGGAGAUUAAUGAAGCUGGACGAAGGUACCUGGCUUUAAAGGAAGAGUGGUUAUCCCAUUGUCAUGGGCACGUGGACGAGCAAGGACACUUCGAGUUUAGAGGGUUCCAGGGAACGUAUGAAGUGGAAAUCGUUGCUUUCUCAAAGAAAGUUUCCAAGACCUUUGUCGUUGAGAAGGGUGACUCCCCGCUGGUUGUGUCCAUAGACCUGUAG